GGUACACCCCAUUGGCCUUGGGUCUCUGAGAUUCUCGGUCAUGUGCAUUUGGCAUUGCCAAUUGCCAGGUGCGAUGUCUGGCUGCAGUCGCGCAUGCGGAUCCUUGUUACCACGAGCAUCGGUUUCGUAACGGAAUCGGAUUUCCGCUGGCGGAUGCCCAAGAUUCUGGGCAUUCUCCAAUUCCUUGGUCCGCAACACAACCUCGGAACCCUAAAGGUUCGUGAAUCCGGAGUGGCCCCCGGCAGGCAGCCACGUCGGCGCCACGCGGACCAGAGAAGGCGAUGUGAUGAAGAUCCGGCUGACUUCCGGACUCGUUUCGUGCUUCCGGGGAACAAGCUUUGCAGGAAGCGUCCCCGAGGGCGACUACCGAUAAGGAGGAGUGUGCAACCCGCUAGGCCGAACGCGGCGCCUCGGAUCUCGGCGAGCCGUUGUCAGAUGUCGAUCACAACCGUUGGCUGGGGGGAGGCGCUUCGGGCCGGGCGUCGUGGGAUUGGCCGGACAUUACCGACUGAAGAGCGUUCAACCCAGGUCUGGCGCGCGAAUGGUACGGCCGGUCGAAAGGAGAGAGGAAAGAGACGGAAGGGUAGUGUGCGGCGUCACAUGGGGGUGAAAGGGGUUAGGAGUAGUAGUAGUCGCUUACUCGAUCCAGGGAGGAGAUCGGCCAGGUGUUCUUUGACUCGACACCCAGGACCUGUGCACUGGAACCAUAUCACACAAAUUGGUUAUUAAUUUGUCUUGUCACGCUCGUGCCCAGAUCGACCACGGCAUUCAGCCUGAGUUGGGGUUGAGAUCGCCGGGGGGAAGGGAGGUUAAGGAGGGUUAGGGUAUGAUUCAGGGGCAGAGUUCAUCCAAGAAUGAGCAUC